AUGACAUUAUGGAGUCCAGUUACUAAUUGGGAUUCAACUCCUUUAAGACGUGGCUAUUUUGAAUUUUUCAUUAAAAUCAAAGGAGGAUCUCCUAUAGGGUCAUGGAAUGUGAAACUCUCGUUCUUACGCUUAUCUGCAUGGACGCCAAAUAUUAGACCUGAGAAUUUGAAGAUUGCAUAUGUUCAAUUGUGCCUGAGACGCAUGAAGGAUGACUUUGUUGUGGCCAUUCAGCCAGAGAAUGAGAUUAAUGCUAAUGAGGAGCAUUUAUCAGAAACAUACUCUUUGAAUGAAGAAGAAAUCAUAGUAGAGACUGAUAAUGGUUUGAGUGAAAAUUUGGUGAUUGAGAAAGGAAUAAUUGAGGAUAGAAGGGAGCAAUCUAAUACUAGUAUUAUGGUUAUGGAAAAUAAAAGUAAUAAUUCAGUGAGAGAUUCAUGUGAUGGUUUGUAUUUGGAGAAGAAUAAUAACCUUUGGGACAUUGAAGACAAUCCUUGUAAGCCACAGCAAGAAGAAUUUGUUGUGGUCAAGAAAAAUGGUAGGAAAAGGCAUAAACUUACUCAACCAAGAAUGGAAAUUAGAACUCGAGCCAUGUCGGGUAAACACAACACCACUCAAUGA